AUGUCAUCCGAAGAUCCAUUCCUCGAGGUGCAAGCCGACGUCCAAUCCCUUCUCUCCCAAACCCGCACCCUCUACUCCUCCUACCUUCGCAUCCGCACCCUCUCAAGCACCAAAUCCAAAACCGGCCCAUCCCAAGAACUCCUCCAGUCCCGCUCCGAACUAACCUCCAACCUCGAAAACCUCACCUCCGACCUCUCCGACCUCCUCGACGCCGUCCGCGCCGUCGAACCAGACCCCUACCGCUAUGGCCUCGACGUGGCAGAAGUUCAGCGUCGCAAGGCUUUCGUCCGAGAAGUCGCGGAUGAAGUAGAUUCUAUGCGUGCGCAGAUACAGGAUGUUGGGAGUAACAACACACCACACAAUGCGCUGCCGGAUCCCGACGCGUUUGGACGUGACGAGGACGAGUACAAUGAGGACAGCUACGAGGCGAAUGAGGUCGCGGUGCAGCAGACUAUGAUGCGGGAGCAGGAUGAGCAGCUUGACGAUGUUUACAGGACAGUGGGGAAUCUACGGUCUCAGGCUGAGGAUAUGGGGAGGGAGCUGGAGGAGCAGGGUGUUAUGUUGGAUGAGGUUGAUACACUUGCCGAUCGGGUUGGUGGGAAAUUGGCGGUUGGCACGAAGAAGAUUGGGGAGGUGAUUAGACGGAAUGAAGACACAUACAGCAGCUGUUGUAUUGGUGCUUUGAUUGUGGUAUUGAUCAUCUUGUUGAUUCUGGUAAUUGUGAUAUGA